AUGCUCCUGGCCUCGGCAGUGGUGGUCUGGGAAUGGCUGAACGAGCACGGCCGCUGGCGUCCCUACAGCCCKGCGGUGAGCCACCACAUCGAGGCGGUGGUCCGUGCCGGUCCCCGCGCCGGGGGCAGCGUGGUGCUGGGCCAGGUGGACAGCCGUCUAGCGCCCUACAUCAUCGAUCUGCAGUCCAUGAACCAGUUCCGCCAAGACACGGGGACCCUCCGCCCAGUUCGCCGCAACUACUACGACCCCUCCUCGGCCCCCGGGAAGGGCGUGGUGUGGGAGUGGGAGAAUGACAACGGUUCCUGGACGCCCUAUGACAUGGAGGUGGGCAUCACCAUCCAGCACGCCUAUGAGAAGCAGCACCCCUGGAUCGACCUCACGUCCAUCGGCUUCAGCUACGUCAUUGACUUCAGCACCAUGGGCCAGAUCAACCGGCAGACCCAGCGCCAGCGCCGAGUCCGCCGACGUCUSGACCUCAUCUACCCUAUGGUCACCGGCACCCUGCCGAAGACUCAGUCSUGGCCGGCCAGCCCUGGGUCUGCCACCUCGCCUCCGGCACCACCCUGCUCCUGUCCGCAGUGUGUCUUGGUGAUGAGCGUCAAGGCGGCCGUGGUCAACGGGAGCCACGGGCCCCUGCAGCCCACAGCCACCCGCAAGAAUGUGCCCCCCUCUGGAAUGGUCAAGCUGCCCCCACCACCAGGCCCUGGGGCCAAGCCACUGGACAGUACCGGCACCAUUCGAGGCCCAGUGAAGACCGCCCCAUCGCAGACGAUCCGGCGACAAGCCUCUGGCACACCAGCUGGGGCAACUGCAGGCUCUCCUGCCAGCCCCCCAGGAGCCAACAGCAAGACCGGGAGGGUGGCCCUGGCUACCUUGAAUCGAACCAACCUGCAGCGACUGGCCAUYGCCCAGUCCCGGGUGCUGAUCGCCUCCGGGGUCCCCACUGUCCCAGUGAAAAACUUAAAUGGUUCCAGUCCCGUCAACCCUGCCUUGGCUGGAAUCACAGGGAUCCUCAUGAGUGCAGCUGGAUUGCCUGUAUGUCUCACCAGGCCGCCAAAGCUGGUCCUGCACCCACCUCCCGUCAGCAAGAGCGAAAUCAAGUCCAUUCCUGGGGUUUCCAACACGAGCCGCAAGACCACCAAAAAACAAGCCAGGAAAGGUAAAACGCCAGAGGAAGUGCUGAAGAAGUAUCUGCAGAAGGUCCGGCACCCGCCAGAGGAGGACUGCACCAUCUGCAUGGAGCGCCUCACYGCUCCCUCGGGCUACAAGGGCCCACAGCCCACCGUCAAGCCUGACCUGGUAGGAAAGCUGUCCAGGUGUGGCCACAUCUACCACAUCUACUGCCUGGUCGCCAUGUACAACAAUGGGAACAAGGAUGGGAGUCUGCAGUGCCCAACCUGUAAGACCAUUUAUGGGGUGAAGACAGGCACCCAGCCUCCAGGGAAGAUGGAGUACCACCUCAUCCCCCACUCCUUGCCUGGCCACCCAGACUGCAAAACCAUCCGGAUUAUCUACAGCAUCCCCCCGGGCAUUCAGGGGCCAGAACACCCAAACCCUGGCAAGAGUUUCAGCGCCCGUGGCUUCCCACGACACUGUUACCUUCCAGACAGCGAGAAAGGGAGAAAAGUUCUCAAGUUGCUCCUCGUGGCCUGGGAUCGCCGUCUCAUCUUUGCCAUCGGUACCUCCAGCACCACGGGCGAGUCUGACACGGUCAUCUGGAAUGAGGUGCACCACAAGACAGAGUUUGGCUCUAAUCUCACCGGCCAUGGCUACCCGGAUGCCAAUUACCUGGAUAACGUGCUGGCCGAACUGGCUGCCCAGGGCAUCUCUGAGGACAGCACUGCCCAGGAGAAAGACUGAGGCUGGAGA